AUGAAGAGUUGUAUAGCUGAUGUAAAUGGCCUGCCUUCAGAUAUUACUGAGACUAGUGACUUAAUGAUCACAAUCAUGGUGAAGAGGCAUCUUUCUAGGAAAAUCAGGAUCGUCUUUGCCUUGAUUCACAGACUGGAAGGUAUCUCAGAAUCUAGCUUUAUUCUAAAACAAAGGGGAGAAGGUGUGACUCAAUCCAAGAAGGAAUACCCCAAACAUAUAGUCAAGCCCAUUGUUAAGAGUGAAACUGAGCCUAAAGGCAAAGAAAAACUUGUCAGUGAAGAGCCAGUUAUUGACAACAGUGAAGAUGAAGAGCCUAAUGAAAAUGAGUUGAAAGGAAGAAAAGAAUGUGAAGCUCAGAUGGAUGAGCAUCAAAGGAUAAUUUGUGAGGCUGAAGCGAAAGAGAAAGUUGAAUGCAAAUCUCGGGUUAUGCUGGAAAGCCGAAAACUCUUAUUUCUGGUGUAG